AUGGACAAGGAAACUAUCAAACAAUUCCUGAAGCAACAAGCCGAGCAUCAGAGGCUUUUCCAACAACAACAACAAGAGUUUCUCAAUGCGAUCAUUGCUGCGUUCACUACGCAGAAGCAGCAGCCGGACGUUACCAACAUCAUCAACUCACUGUCAAACCUAAUUUCGACGUUUCACUACUGUCCGGAUGACGGGGAAACCUUCGAUGCCUGGUUUGAUCGAAACCACGAUAUCAUCGAAAUCGACGGCAAGGACCUCGACGACGCUACCCGCAUACGCAUAGUCGUAUCUAAGCUAGAGAACAAAAAAGCCGAACAGUUUAGAAGCUUCAUUCUGCCGAAGACACCUGCCGACGUCAACUUCAACGUUGCUACGUUGAAGAAACUUUUCAACCAGACAAAGUCGCUGGCGAGACUCCGUUAUGAACUUUUAUCGCGAAUUCCGGCACUUCGCGAACUCGAACGGAGUCCGGAAUUGAAACUAACGAAGCUCACGGACCGAUUGGAUCAAGUUAUCUCACUUCGCGCCGACGCAGACUUUAUCGGAAGUGGAUCUCACGACAUCCACGCCAUUCGCCGACAAGCCAACAAACCCAAGCCUAAAUUCCAAGGAGGAUCACGACCAAAGAACGCGAGAACUCCGACUUCUCCGCGCACUUCUGCAACAUCACCACCGUCGCCGUGCUCGAGAUGUGGGGAUCACACUGGAGACGGGAUUGCAAGCUGCCAUACGAAACAAUCUGCCACAGCGGUCACAAGACGGGACAUCUCUCGAAAGUAUGUCGCCAGGGACAACAACGCCGUCUUCAUCGCGCAAUCGUCCACGAAAACCCAGAACCGGAUCUACACCACAGUUUCGAUUAAUGGAACACCGAUCAAGAUGCAGCUUGAUACGGAAGCAGAAGUUACCCUGCUGAAUCAUGACGAUUGGAUUAAACUCAACCGACCGAAGCUGCGGAAUCUGCUAUGUCACGAACACGUCAACAUUACUCGGAAUGGAAUGGAUUUCCCAGGACAAGAAACUCUACAACCAACUAGUCGGGACAACCAACGCGAUCUCGACAUCGUCAACAACGAUUGCCGCCCAACGAAGGACUCUCGAAAAUGA